ACACACCUGACCUGGCGGCGUGGGCCAGCGCGCAUGCGCUCAUCUUAGCCUCGCGGAGCCACGCCUUCUCGAUCGCGAGAGGCCGCCAUCAGAAGAGAGAGGUGGAGAAACAGACGGAGCUAAAAGGGAAGAAAUGCAGUAAGCAGUUAGUACUACCUGAGAGCGUGCACUCACUCACAAACAGAUUAGCCACUACCUAAAACAUGGUUUUGCAGAGGGAGAAGGUUGGGAAUGGUAUGAACAUGUCUAUGGACAUGAGACGUGACAUUCAGAGGCUUUCAGUUACAAUACGUGACUGUUGUACACAUAAACGAGGCAUUUUGGGAUAUACUGACCCAUGUAUACACAGUGCCUGGUUUUGCUGUUGUAACCGGUAUUGGGAUUAUGUCAUAGAUUUAUAUGUAGAUGGGGGAAUGUCAUAAGCUGCGUUUACACACAAUUUUAAAUCCGGAUUAGGGUGUCCUGUAAAUGCGGCUAUAGAUAUUGAGUAGUACAGUAUGUCGGUAUAGUACAUUAUAGUUAUAACAGUGAGGGACAUAGAGAAUAAAGAUGAUAAAAUUUCCUAACCAUGAGGCAGAAAUGGCUAGGGUUCGAUUCUCUUUUUUCACGUUUUUUAUCCAAGUGAAAACUCUAAGUGCACUUAGGUGACAUCAGAAUGACAUAAUCCUGAUACCGGUUACAUGAAAAAAGCACCGUUUUUGUGAGCACGAUAAUUAUUGCACAAUUUGUUUCCUGAGUAAUGUAAAGGCGGUUCAGAAGAUCAAUGAAGCAGAGCUAAGGCUUGGGGGUUGGGAGUAAAUCAUCCUGGCAUGACCAAUACAAGGACAGUGCUUACGUCUUCAUUGGAGGUCUGGACUAUGGGCUCACGGAAGGUGAUGUCUUGUCAGUCUUUUCACAGCACACUGAUGCCGGUCGGUCGUUUACAUACGAACAAUCGUGGACUUGAGACAACCUGGUAUGGGGAGAUAGUGAACAUUAAUCUAGUGAGGGACCGGAAGUCAGGGCAAUCAAAGGGGUUCUGUUUCCUUGCCUAUGAGGACCAGAGAAGUACAGUAUUGGCUGUCGACAACCUCAAUGGAUUCAAGUUGUGUGGCCGAACUCUUCGUGUAGACCAUGUCCAUCAGUACAGAAGACCUAAAGACGAAGAUGGAAACGAGAUUAUUGAAAAGGGGUGUGCCCCUAUAACACCGACGCCCAGCCCCACCCCCAGUCCGGAACCUGAACUCUCUGAACCUAAAGCCAAGAAGAGGAAGGUCAAAGACAAAACCAAGAAAGGAAAGAAAAAGGAAAAGAAACCAAAAAAGAAACGUCACAAAUAAUAGCAAACUUUUACUAUGUGCUGCUUCAAAAGCGUUCUUCUCUUCAGCGGUAAUUCCUCUUCGAUCAUAACUGAAUAUUUUGCUACAUGCAUUGCAACUGAAAGUAACAUUACAAAGUACCUCAGGCCCACCACAAUAAUAAUGUUUACAUAUUCGCUUACCGGAAAAGCACAGAAAGAAAGGAAAACACCUUUCAGAACUGCACAUGUCAUGCUACAUUAUGUCAUCAGAAAUUAUGAGGGAGUUUCAACUACACUAGUAAUAAUUUUGUAUAAUAGCUAGUCCCCGUUUAUGAAACUUAUCAUUUCAUGCGCAGUCAAGUCAGUUGCUGAAAAUAAUAUGGGAGA